CUGGACUUCCUGUAAAAGAAAAGAAAAAACAGCGCCAGAUCCCAGCUACUUAUGUGUUGUUCGAAACUGGGAAUAUUUGCGACGUCAACCCCCAUCAACAACACCUGGGGUUGUAAGAAGAGGUCAUUCCAACAUCUAACAAGUCGAGUUUAAUGCGAAUUCUUUUAUUCGUGUUUAAGGCUAGAAGAAAGUUGUUGGAAUCAACAUUUACCAGCGAGACGAUAGCUCUUUGUUUUAUUAGACCACUUCCGGAAAAAUCCUUUACAGAACCCCAGGAUGGAGAGGAGAGGAGGACGGCCGUGGAGCUCCCGCACAGACGCGUCUGCUUGAAGCAGUUCUCCCGGUUUCUUUUUUAUUCUCUGUGCCAUGUGUCUGAGGAAGUAGAUGAGCCAGGCUGUUUUUAAGGAAGGCAAGCAUUAGGGCCUGGCGCUGAGGGCUGCUCCCUGGGGGGGUUGAAACGAGGAAGCGGAGGUCGUGGGGAUUGGAGAUUCAGCCAUGACGGAGGCCAGGGUGCCAGCAGCAGCGAGCGCCGUGGCGGUGGCGUCCGGGGGCGCUGUGGCCCUGACGUGGGCACGCGUGUGCAAGGAGUGCGGGCAGGCACACGAGGGCCCCGACGGCCACCUGUACGAGUACCAGGACGACGUGGACGAUGAGCUGGUGUGCCACAUUUGCCUGCAGCCGCUCCUGCGGCCCAUGGACACGCCGUGCGGGCACACCUACUGCUACCAGUGCCUGAGCAGCUUCCUGCGUGAGCAGGACUUCUGCCCCGUGGACCGCCAGCGGCUGCAGCUUGCCCAAUGCCGGCCCUCCAGCCUGCUGGUGCGCAACCUGCUGGACAAGCUGACCGUGCUGUGCCCCUUCAACACCGAGUGCCAGGGCAGCAUGCAACGCUGCGAGCUCCAGCCUCACCUGCACCACAGAUGCCCUGCUUUCAGACGCUUGCGUGAGGAGGCAGAGAGGAGGAAGAGGCCUCCCUGGAAUGAAAUUAAGGCCAGCAAAGCAGAGGCGGAGGACGGUAAAUCCACCCCCACCCUCUCCCGUGCGUCCCCCCGGGGCCCAGCAGAGCCCGGCCUGGUCAACCCUGCCUUCGAGGAGGGAGAGGAGGAAACUCACCUGAGGUCAAGCCUGGUGGCCGAGGCCAACGUGGUGGAGCUGUUCCGGGAUGACCCGGAGGAGGAGUUGGGCUUGCGGAUAGUGGGCGGGAAGGACACCCCUCUGGGCAACAUUGUCAUCCAGGAGAUUGUGCGCGAUUCUGUUGCAGCACGCAGUGGCAAGCUGUCUCCUGGAGACCACGUUCUUGAGGUGAACGAUGUGAGCCUGGCGUCCGUCUGCCAUAACCGGGCCAUCGGUGUGCUGCGGCGUCCGUGCGCUCUGCUGCGCAUCACCGUCAUGCAGGAGAAAGGCUUCAAGCCUCGGCCCGAGCAGCACUCUUCCUCCUCCUCCAGCGCCGCCAACCCCUCCUCCUCCUCCUCCACCAACACAUCACCGCAGGCCUCCAACCACCACCUCCACCACGCCAACGCCACCCACCCACACCACAGCCAGGGCACGGUCACCCAGGUGACACUGGUGAAGCGCGAGCGCUCCGAGCCCCUGGGCAUCAAGCUCAUCCGCAAGUCCGACGAGUCGGGCGUCUUCAUCCUGGACCUGCUCGCGGGCGGACUCGCGGCCAAGGACGGCAAGCUGCGCAACAACGACAAGGUUCUGGCCAUCAAUGGGCACGACCUGCGGCACGGGACCCCCGAGACCGCUGCUCAGAUCAUACAGGCUAGUGAGGUGCGAGUGAACUUUGUGGUGAUGAGGCACCCGGAGCCUGAGGAGGGAGCUGAGGUGGUGCUCCGGGGGGCCAGACGGGCCCCUGAACUGCAGUUCUUCAGACGCCGCUCCACAUACGUGAAGGAGCCGCCCAGCGGGUUCUCAUGCCAGGAGAAGACUGUGAGCCUGAAGAAAGAGCCGCGCCAUUCCCUGGGCAUCACCAUCGCCGGCGGGAGAGACUGCCGCAGCCGCCUGCCCGUCUACAUCACCAGUGUGCAGCCCAUUGGCUGCCUGCAUCGCGAUGGCACCAUCAAAACAGGGGAUAUCCUGUUGAGCAUCAAUGGCGUGGACCUGACCCAGCUGACGUACAACGAGGCGGUGUCAGCGCUGAAGACGCAGACGGCCCAGCCAUCGGUGGCGCUGCGCGUCAUCCGCACAGUCACCGAGGAGGACGAGGAGGAGGCAGACGCCGCCACCAAGGAGGAGGAGGAGGCCGGGGACAGUCUCCGCGAGGACGACAUCAACUGGGCACCGCUGUGGACCCGCUGGCUGGGCUUGCCCAGCAACAUGCACUGGUGCCGUGACAUUGUCCUGAUGAAGACCAACAGUGAGAGCUGGGGCUUCAGCAUCGUCGGGGGCUAUGAGGAGUGUCGCGGCCAGCAGCCCUUCUUCAUCAAGACCAUAGUGCCUGGAACACCGGCCCACUUUGAUGGGCGCCUCAAGUGCGGGGAUGAGAUAGUGGCCGUUAAUGGCGCCACCACCGUGGGCAUGAACAACUCAUCUCUCAUCCCCAUGCUCAAGCUGCAGAAGAACAAGGUCACUCUUACUGUAGUCUCUUGGCCUGGCAGUCUGGUCUAGCCGACGCCUCUGUCCUGUCUGCCCUAGCCUGUCUUCUGGACGCCGCUCUCUUUAUGGUUCGUGCAUCACGAUCGAGAACUGAUUGCAAAAUGGAAGCCCGUUGGCUAAAGAAAAAAACUAGUCUCAGUCACAUUGUAUCUCCAAGUCUCCGUUGUCCAGGACGAAGCAUGAGAGAGUUGGGCUCCCCGUGGAAGUGUUUUAAUUGCUAUCAAUGUUUUAUGUAGAGUUUGAUCACUGGCUCUGCGGUGUGCAGUUACUCGAGGCCAUCCGCUGUUACUGGCUUGCAAAUGGCUGCCCCUGGAGACAGAUGACAGCAAAUCAGGGAAGAGAACUGACAAUCAAGAACCAGGAAUUCAUUCAAUAUGAAGGAUUAUGUAAGGAAUACACAAUUUAUAUUUAGGCAAAAGUCUUGAAGGUGUUUUAUCUUCUUGUUUAUGUUUGAUUGAUGAGACAAAGCCAUUCAGCAAUGUCAUUGUGGUGAGCUGUUAAUGGGCAGGACGGUACCUAAGGUUUUAUCACAGAAGACAAUGUUUAAAUGUCUGUUUUUAGAGUGCUGUUGAGAACGUUGAGAGUUGGUUGAAUGUUACACUUAUGAAACAUAAAGUUCAGAGUUGCCUGUUUUGUGUUGAAUCAGUAAAGCAAUGUUACUCUUGGGCAAUUCCACGCAAAUCUGUCACAUCCCAUAACGCUAACUAAAAUACCAUUGCAUUGUGUUGGCGUUAUGGAUGUGACCGUUUUGUGUGGAAUUGCCCUCUUGUGAUGAAGGCAAGAAGGGAGAACAUACAGUAUAAUAUGCCCUCAUUCAUUUUAAGUGAAUCUAAUUGUUGCAUAUAGCUCUCAGUUUCCAUACCCCCUGUGAUAAGGGCAGACCUACGUGUAUAUUGAGUGUGGGGAGAUGCCUCUGAGAGCAGACCAAAUUUGAGUGGAUUAUGAUUUGAUGAUGCUGAUAAUCUCAUACUUUUUACCAAAUACUCUAUUAAACUGUGCUAGAACAUCAUAAUGACUUUAGAUUUGCAGUAUUAAUUGGGGUUUGAUACUAUAAUUGGCUACCUAUUUGAAGUUUUGUUGAAUGCAUUGUGAUGAAUGUUGAUUUAUUUGGGUGCCUUGCAUAUGUAUACGAAGGAUGAAUCUAUGCACACCUGCCUUAAAUGCCAAUAGACCAAAAACUUGCAAUCAACGAUUCCUUUUUUUUUUUUGCUUCUCUGUUGUAUUACUAGGGUGGAUGAGUGCUUUAUGUGUAGUGUACACACACACACACACACACACAGUGGAUGCAUUCCAUUUCAACCCCAGCCCUCCCCCCCAGGGAUGGCAAAAACAUGGAGGGGCCAGCCCCUGGGUCCCUGUGGUUAUAUAAUAAAGCAAUAUGGUUUCA